CGGCAAGGUCCUGACUGACGGGCAGAGAGAGAGAGAGACAGAGAGAGACAGAGGAGGAGGAGCAUCCACGCACAGGGCUCCCAUCGCUAAUGGAGACACACUUAACUGCAGACAGCUCUGGAGCAGCUCGCACAUCUCCCUCCUCUGUUAUUAUGGGCAUUUGUCAUUGGGAGACGUGGAGUCGAUUCCUUGGCCUUUAUUUCUUCAAUGGCUUGAGCCUGUGAUGUAAAGUCCAAAUGGCGGCCAGUGGACCAAACAGGCCCGGAGAAAGGGAGGUCCGGGAGUCCCACGCCAUACCCCCCACCCUGUCUCCCAAGAGUGCCAGCACCAAUGGGACCAAGAGACACGUCCCUCGGGGCAUUGUCAUCCAGCUGACGGGGACAGAAGGGGAGUGGGACAGCUUGGACUCGAGCGAGCUAAUCUUUUCCCUGGAUGAGGAUUACCCAACUAUUUCUCUCACCAAAGAACGCCAGCUUUCCGUAAAUGACGAUCUAUUGCUCCACGCUCCACCUUGCCACGUCCCACAAUCUUCUUCAACCCCUAGCUCUUUGGGAAACUGCUCCGGUACUAGCUUUCUGUCCCCAGGGCCCUCAUCCCCAACGCACCGCCCAUUGACCAGCCUGGUCAAGUCUCUUUCCUCUGAGCUUGAAAUAAAAGAAGGUGCAACACUUCGACCGAAACCCCUGCUAAAUCUUGUCAAAUCAAUCUCAACGGAAAUCUCCAGAUCAGAACCCGAGAUAUCGCAAUCAAAAUCGGACUCCCGACUCAACCUGCACCUCUGGAAACAGCUGACUCAACCAAAAAAACGGAGCAAUGGUGACUCCCGCACCGCGCCGCCGUCCCCAUGUGCGCUGUCCCCUAGUGGUGAGGGCGGGAAAGGCAGCUUCUUCAAAAUGGAGCUUGAAGACACCAAAAGGAAGUUUUCGGAAGCAGUUCAUGAACAUUCCCUCAGUAGCAUGUUUCAGAAGAUCAUGCGGGAGGAGAGCGGAGGUAGUCCUAAGCACAACCAGAAAAAACAACCGGUUCUCUCUAGAAGCAUGGCACAGGACGGUAGCACGGAUUCAAGUUUUGUCGAGUCACCGGGAAAGAGUGCAAAAAGAUCGGACGAUAUUCCACAUGUUUUUGAAUGGCCACCUUUUAGGCAACAUCACAAGACAUGUCCCUUUCACCACAAUCGGGAUCACCAAAAAGACGAAGAGCUAGAAGUCUUUACUGAUGAUGAUGUGGUGCAAAUAUCAGUUUCAGAUUCUUAUCCUAUCCCGGACGAACCCCCAAUUAUGAGUACCCCCCUCCCACACAUGAGUUUGUUUUGCAUUGGCGUUCUCUCGUAUGGAUACUUCAUAUUGCCGCUGGGUCCGUACUUCUCUGGCAUGGCAUUCGGCGUAGCUUUGGGCUUCUUGAUUGGACUCUUGCUAAUCAGAUUGAGUACAAGCAGGUCAAAUUGUGUGGACCGUAAACGUCGGAAAACACACAACCUGCUCGGAGAGGCUAUUCUAACAGGUGCCACUGUAAGGACUGAGUCUGACACCCUGAAGGGCUGGAUGAAUGAGGUGUAUGAAUACGACCCAGAGACCUACCACCCCUCUCAGUCUCACUCUGUGUUUGCCACUCUGGAGGGCUCCUGUCUGUGCCUGCACUCCCCACGAAACAACAUCAGCCGGCGAGCCACGUACGGAGAGAGGCUGCCUGACGCAGCCUUUAUGAAAACACGCUGCUUUCACCUCACAAACAGCAAGGUUUUCCUGCUGCCUUCUGUGCUGGCCCAGAAGAGGCAGUGGAACCCAAAGUAUCCCCUGUGUCUGCAGCUGAGCGAGGGCGGCAGCUCCCUACAGACCGAGGCCUGGUCAGAGGAGGACACCAUUGAACAACCACUUACUCCAAAUCCCUUCACUCUGUACCUGUUCGGACGCACGGGGAGAGAGAAGGAGGAGUGGUACCGUCAUUUUCUGCUGGCGUCAGAAGAAGCGCACGGGGAGAGGGAGGCCGACAGAUGCGUGGGCAGAUCGGGUGAUGUCCGUGCACCCCUACAUACAGUUGUGAGCAGUAGAGGCUCCAGCAGAGUCGGCAGUGAAGAGGACCCCUCCACCCCCCCAGUCCCUGUCCCAACACCGAUGCCACAGAGCAGCCACAGCAGCAUCAGGGCCCAGCCAGCCCUCAACUACCACAGCUACAUGAGCCAGCUCCUGUGUGCGGCUGAGCUAACGCCACUCUGGAGCCCUGGAGCUAGCAGCACUGCAGAAUGUACCUGUGAUGUAGCAGAGCGCCCUGAGAAAGGCCAAACUGCAUGGAUAAAUGGUCUGAUUGGUCGAAUCUUUUGGGACUUUCUGCGAGAGAAGUACUACGCUGACAUGGUUUCCACCAAGAUCCAGAAGAAGCUCAGCACUAUCAGAUUGCCUUACUUCAUGAAUGAACUGACUGUCACAGAGAUGGAUCUGGGCACGUCUAUGCCUCUUAUCACAGCAACUUCUAAACCUGAGAUCAACCCUCGAGGGCUGUGGUUGGAGUUGCAGCUUGUCUACAAUGGUGGGUUACAGAUGACCCUUCAGACCAAGUUUAACCUUUUCAAACUGGGAAAAGAAGGAAGUCAAGAAGCAGAAUUCACACCGCAUACAAAAACUUCACGGUGUAGACCAGUCCUCAGUGUGUUAGCAGACAGUGAUGAGGAGUCCUCCAGUGCUGGAUCGUCUGAUGAAGAAGAGCUACUACUGUCUGAGCCUCAGGGGCCUGUGGGAGACAAGGGACCUUCCACAGCAACCAACGAAGGUGUGGGGGGCGGUAAGACCGGGAGGAAGAUUUUGAGAUUUGUAGACAAAAUCGCCAAGUCCAAGUAUUUCCAGAAGGCGGCGGAAAAUGAGUUUAUUAAGAAGAAGUUUGAGGAGAUGUCCAACACGCCUCUGCUGCUCACUGUGGAGGUCCAGGAGCUGUCGGGGGCACUAGUCGUCAACGUACCGCCGCCCCCUACUGACCGGAUAUGGUACAGCUUCUGCUCUCCGCCCAAGUUGGAUCUUCAUGUGCGUCCUAAACUUGGGGAGCGUGAGGUGACUUUCUGCCAUGUGACAGAGUGGAUCGAAAAGAAACUACAAGAAGAGUUUCAGAAGGUGUUUGUUUUCCCCAACAUGGAUGACAUCUGUGUGCCCCUGAUGCACUGUGGCCUGCAGCAGCCUCACAGCUCCUCCACAGAGCCCAUCCAGAAGACCCCCAUGGGCGGAGACCAGUCCCACUAGUGCCUCUGUGUUAAUUAUCAAUGCAAUCACAGUUUUAAAACAAUCCCAAACAGUCAAGAUAACCCCAGUGUAUGCAGCCAGUACAUAUCAACUGGAAAUGAGCAGAAAAUCUAUUCUUCUGUCAAUGUCUGAACCAGCAGUCUGGACAUUACACGCUGUAGCCUUUUAGCUGGCAGUUUUCUUACACUCUAAUUAUACUAAAUGAUAUCUUUUCUAAUGUUUACAAGAGAGAAAAGAGAUUAUGUGCAUAGAUGGGUGCUAAUGUUUACAUAUAAGUCAGUGUAAUUUUAUGUGAACAAAAAAUAUUAAACUUCAAUUGAAAUUAUUUUAUAGCAUUACAAUGUUUUUCAUAUCUUAAAUGUGUCUGCAUAAAACAGAGGGCAUCUGGCAUUAAAGCUGCACU